GCCAUAACCCGAAGUCAAAUAUUUUUCCUUUUUCCCCUUUCCUUUCCAGAUUUAUCACGUCAACCUUCUUCUCUCUAUGCCGCUCGCCAAACCCUUAUUCUCUCUAUGCCGCUCGCCAAACCCUUAUUCUCCAUUACUGUUUAAAUAAAACCCUAGUGUACACUGGAACAUUAGCAAUCCGAUGGAGUUUUGUCAGACCGAUUCUCAAGCACUUCUGGUACAAAUUCGGCGUCAUGAGGCCCUUUUGAAAUCUAAAAGAAGAUGGCUGCUGGGGCUUCCUACAUCUGAGUCUAGACGAAAGUAUCCUGAUCAUUCAGACUUUUUAAAUAAACAAAACCUGCCUGAAUCGUUGCUGAGAGAAGAUGAUAUUUUUUACGAGACUGUCAAAACAAGAGUUGAAGAAGCGUUUGGAGCGUUAGGUGUUGAAACAAGGCAUCUUGGUAUUCGUGCUGAUCAAAUAUUUGACUCUUGCAAAAUUGGAAAACUCAUCUUGUCGUGUCUCAAUGAUCUGAGCACCAGGGGACUUUACCUUCUUGCUGUAGUACUUACAGAAAACUCUGCCCAAUUGGAAAAGACUCGCUGUAAGCUGAAAAGGACCAUCAGGGAAUUUAUUCCAAAAGUUCUGAGAAGUAAAAGUCAAGAUUGCCGUCAAUUGGAAAUUGUUAAACAAUUGGCUCAACUUCUCAAUGACUCAAAAAAUUUUCGAAGAAGACGCUCAACAACUUUGACAUCAAGUUUGUUCUCUAACCAUGAUGCUGUAUCACAUGUACUGUAUGGUUUAGGAGACCUGCCCACCCAAGUUCUCUUAGCUAUGCAUCGAAAGCUUGUAGGUGUUCGGUUUAUGCCUCAGAUGAAACGUAAUAGGCAUGGGCGGGGCCGUGAUUGUCUGAUUAAUCUUCUUACAAAGAUCAGUAAGAAGAUGCUUUCAUCGAUUGGUGAAGGAGAUGAAUUGCAAGAAUCACUUGCAAAAGCCAUGGCGGUGGCUGAUUUAUCACUCAAACUAGUACCGGGUCGCCAUAAUUCGUCCAUAAUUGAGUUCUAUCACUUCUCACCCCAAAUGAAAAGCUUGCACAAUGAAAUAGUAAAAGCCAUAUGGUCUAUUAGCAAGAGGGUUAACUUUCAGAAGCUCAAACAGGUGAAGUCUUUGUUGGAUCCCAAUGCAAAAGUGUCUCAUAGGAGUCUAAGAUCUUGUAUUAAGAGGAUGUUAAUAGACUAUCUUUUUGAAUGUAGUGAUAUGGACACUGUGCCAAAGUCACUUUUGAAAGCUCUAGCUUUGAUAAAUGCAGAUUCUCAAAUUGCGACACAUUCAGUUUUCUCACAAGAUGAAAUUGAAGAGGAAGUGGAAUGUGUAUUUAGUCUGAGUGCUCAGAUGAAACAAGUAGUUUGGGAUUUACUACCUAACUGUGACUUUGAACAUGACUUUGCUGAUGCAUAUAUGGAAGAGUUAGAAGAAAGUGAUAAUGAUCUUGAUGAUCACGAUGAGGAUAGCUGUGAUGGACUGCCUCGAGAAGACAAUGAAUCCCGCUCUGUUUAUGUUGAAGGUAUGGGGGAGUCAAUGCCAGCCAAUUUGGAUCAUUCUUCAGUGGGGAAUAUAUUGUCCCCAAGUUAUAAUGCAGAUGUGGAGUCUUUUCAAUAUUCUACACCGAUGCAUUUCAAGAGGGAGGGAUCUUUAGAUUCUUCUUUUAGUUACCACCCUUCAUUCAUGGAAUCCAAAGGUCAACAUGAUGCGUAUAACCUGUCUUCUAACCAACAAGUGGAGAAUAAAGACACACCAAAUAUUUUGUUGGGUAACAGCACUACUGGCGAUACUGCCAAAACACCCUGUUCAAGUGCUUUCAACAUGUGUUCCAUGCAUCAGAUGGAGCAAAGUGAGCCAAGCACGUUUAAGAAUCAGUACCUUGUGGUUCAAGAAGCUUGUGAUGAAACUAGCAUGAUUGCUUAUAAUUUCAUUGGCCGCUUGCUAGGAGAGUUUGCAAAGAAUGAAGGCAUAGAGUUAGAUUGGUGUGCUAAUUUAUAUCUAAAUAGCAACUGUUCAAUUGAAGAAGACCUUCCUGAAGUUGAACAGACUCAUAUUAGGGCGAAGGGAAGUGAUUCAGUAAUUAUUCAAGUUUGUCAGGAGUUGAUACCUUCUCUUUCUAAAAGUGGAACAAAGAGACUUCAACAGUUGCUGGGGUUGUGAUUCUCAAGGGAUUUUGUUGGCCUGAGUUAGCAGGUGAUUUUUCAGCACUCUGAUGAGGGCGGGGUGAACAAAAUUGAAUCACCCAAAUUCAUCCCUGAGCGUAAUGAAGCAGCUCCUAUUGUGUUCAAGGAAGUCCAGAUGAGGCAUUUUGGCAAACCUAUACCAUGCUAAUGCAAUGGCUUUCUGGCGCAGCAAGACUGAGAGUACAAUGGUUGGAGAAGAAAAGGUUGAACAUCCUCUAGAAGAAUUAUUUCUUCUCUACCCUGAACUUAAUCCAGAUCUGGGUUUGCUCCAGAUACACGGUUUCAUUACUGAAACGAACUUUCACUGGCCUUGGCAUUUGAUAGUUCUUUUUUUGAAAGUAGUAACACUUCCAAUCGGUUUGGAAUUCAAUCUCCGACUGUCGAUUUCCAACUUGGAUGCAAGUUCUUGUGGUUGAGUUGAUGAUGGUGAAAGCUAGAUAAAAAUGAGGUUCAAAACCGCUAAAGUAAACAAGGGUUGAGGAAGGCAGUAAGAACCUCUUUUUAGAGAGCAUGAGCACAGAAAAUGGAGGGGGAGUCGUUUUUUUUUCUUCCCUUUCUUUGAUUUUAUGUAAGUUGAAUGUUUAUGAUGGUUCCAAUUGUAAUUACUGUUUAUUUCCAUUAAUUCACAUAUUUGAUGUAUUUAUAGAAGUUCUAUACGAUGGAAACAUCUCUCUCUUUCUCUCUCUCUUUUUGUAGUUGAGUUGCCAUAUGGAAAGGCUAAUGAGGGGAUUGGCUUCGAUUUUAAUCCAAAGUGGUCUAUAUUAUGAUUGGCGUC